AUGACAACGUCGGAGGGCCAUCACUCAACGGUCACUCCUCGCAAGACAUCCAAUUAUCUGAUGCGGCAGAUGUCUAUGCCGGCGUCUCGUAGUAAGGAGGUGCGGGUGGAUUCUCCUCGACAAGCUCAGCUGCUGCCGACGAGCGAAGAAGAUGUGGAUGCCAAGAUGGUGGUGAACAAUGGAACACAACCCCGGCCCACCAUUUCCACACUUCACCCGAAUAGCUUCCAGAAACAACUCGCAGCUGCACCUCACCAGACAGACGAAGAAGAAGCUGCCACUCCUUUCCGCCAACCAUCCGCCACGGCCGUGAAGUCAACGUCGGAUGCCGUCAAGCCGGCCUUACCAGUCAAUAGACGUCUAACAUUCACCUCCAGUCCCUCGCAAGCCAGAAAGCUGUCUGUGCCUCCCAUAACCCGGGAGAGAUCGAUCGCUAGUCCUAGUCCACUUUUUGUGCCGCUACGCUCGAAGUCGCCCACAUUGGGACUGUUCGAGGAUCGGAGCAGCGAGGUACCUGCUGCUAAGAGUGCAAUCACCACUUUGAGAGCCAACGAGAAUGCUGCGGACACCACCUCUCUAGCUCCAGAGGGCUUCGCCGCUCUCGACGCCCUUUCCAGAUCUACUCCUACACACACCAGGCAAUCGACAAGCGCCAAGCAAAGCUCCCAAAACUCAAUGAAACGCAGGAUAAGCAUCCAGCCGUUCAAGACAUCCCCAGCCCCUGAGACCCGUCGUAUCAAUCCCAAAGACCUCCCCUGGGACGAUAAAGAAACCCUGCAUCUCUGGCAGAGCUACUGGGACCCUUCAGGCAACGAACUUAACCGCUCACGCGUACGCCUGAUACGGGCGAAUGCGCACACAAAGUGGCGUCAAGCGAAUGGGUACGGGAGUGCGCACAGGAAUUGGAUCACGCUUGAGGAACGGAUGGAGGAUAUUUUUGAGAGUGGAGUGAGGCAGGAUGAGCUGAGAGCGAGGGUUGAAGAGAGUGAGAGGGAGGGCGGGGUGUUUCCAAAGAUGCCUGGGUUGGAGCGGGCAGUGAUGAAAGGCAGGGAGAAGACGUUCGCUAAGAGGGCGGAGGAGGCUUAUAGGAAGUCCAAAACACCUGCUUGGAAGGAGGACUUUGGUGUCGAUGAAGGUGUGAUGUCUAAAUUCACGACUCCUGCUCAAGCGGUCUCGGUCACGGCAUCCUUAUUCGGCCAUGGUGGCAGCAAAGCUUCGGCAUCAACCGGCAAGGCGGCAAUGAAGCGCAGCGUAACGCUCCAAGACCCCUCGGACCAGCUCAAGACCUUACCACCACUCCAACCUAAUCCCAGCAAAGACGCUGCUCCGACAAAAAAGAUCCCAGCGAAGCGCCGUGCACCCAAUGCAGACAUCCUCGACCAGGCGAUCACUCCAGCUCUGCUAACCACUCCCGCCAAACGAGCAAAGAGAGCCAAGAUCGCUCCAGUCGAGCCAGAGUCAGAUAGAAAGACAGGCAUCGCGGGCGAACGCCACAACAGGGCCACCUCACCUCUAACUGCUCACGAAGAAAUCUCCGCAAUGGCAUACUUCCAUCAAGCCCGUUUGGUACUGAGGAAACAUUGCAAGGACGUUUUCAAGAUCGAUGGCAGGGUCUUUGAUGCGGAGGUCGCGAAGUGGGCGGAGGACUAUGUUGAGAGGAUUAGGAGGGAGAUGUAA